CACAAGAUGUGUGACAGUGUAUUGAAAGAUGAGAAGCAGGAUGCACAUUUCAAACCAAAUCUGUCAGUGUUUGUGUUGAGUUAUUUCUGUUGUAUGAGUCAAAAUUGUCUGUGUGUGUGUAUUAAUGCAUGUUUGAGGGCAUGCGAGUCAGAGUGGGCUGGGUUAUCAGAGCAGAGAGACAGAAGGCAGUUUGCAGUGGACAGGAGAGAAAUUCACAUUCUUCAUCUCAACUUUGCCUGUCGCAGUCAUCCGCACAUUGCUGCGUGUCACUGGCACACUCCUUCUUCUUUCUUUCUUUCUUUCUUUGCUUUUCCUCUGAUUUUGCUUGAUUGUCAUUCUUCUUGUUCAAACACCUUAUUUUAGUUUCUCUUAGUAUCUUCUACCAGAAUAAUUAUUUCUUUAGGUUGCUUUUCUCAUACUAUCUGUUCAUCUUACCAUUUUUGCCUGUAUCCUUUCAUUCUAUAUCUGGCUUCAUUUACAUAUUUUAUUUGCAUAACCUAAUGCAAUUUGGUGGUACCAGAUGGAGUCAAAGCAUCAUGGACCUCGACCUCUAAGACCCACAAGUCCAGCCAUGCCUUUCAUAGGUUGCCCCCACACAAAUGGAUGUGGAGGCCCAGGUCGGAUAUUGCUACGUGAGAUGCUAUGGCAGCUGGAGCAAAGAGUACAUCAGGUUCAAGAGGAGGAAUUUCAGUACUGCAUCUCCCGUGGCAUUCUGGGAUACCGUCACCCCCCAGCAUACCCAAGCCUGCUUGCCCUUAUACCUGCUUCUGAAUGCCGCCAGCUAGAGCGCCUCUGUGGUCGCAUCCCACCCUCACACACUGCCAUUGUACUUUCCAGGCUUCAUGAUCUUUUGGCCCACAAUGACAUUCCUCCCUGGGAACUGGUGGGUGUCUUCAAGCAAGUUCUCAAAGACUUCCUGAGGAGACAGGAAGACGGCAUACAGAGACAUCCAGCCCCUUCAGCUCCAUCAACAAUUCUUUCUGCUCCGAGUCCACCUACAGAGAGUAAUGACAGAAAUCGUAUUGUUGGAAAUGCAUCUAAUUCUUUAUCAGAGGAGACAGGAAAGCACAGGGAGGAAAUUCCUACUAUUUCUAGUUAUGUGGAUAAACAUUUGUGUGCCGCCUGCCCCUACUCUAUCCACAGAGAUUGGAGUCUGCCCUUUUGCCCUUUUGCUUAUGAGGCCUACAGCACCACAUUGUGAGGCACUUAAUUGUAGAAGUCCAACACCUUCUCAUGGCAAUUCAUAACAAUUUUAUGUUUUGUCAAAUUAGUGGUUAAUUCUUAAGAAUUUGUACAAUCUGAUUUGUAUGUUUUUGUAUGAUCUGCUUGCAUCCCAUAGAUGAUUACUUUUAUAGUAAUACUUUAAUGUACUAAUGAUAAUGCAUUUUCAUACAAAUCACCACCUAUAAAUUCAUAUGAAAUCGCCACCUCAUUGUUUCCUCAUGAGAUUGGCUUGAAAAGUCAAUGCAACCAUUUUCUGUCUUUCCAGUUUGAAAAAUCUAAUCCUCUGCUCCAGUUAAUUAGAAUAAUUAAAAGUAAUUAACAUGAGGAUGUAUUAUGUGAUGUUAAAACUUGGAAGAUGAGCCAUAAUCUUUUUGUAAUUGAUUGAUAAGAUAAAACUGAUUUUUAUGACAUGAAGUAGCUACCUUU